AUGGUUCGUCAUCCAUUCCAGAAAUUAUGCUGCAUACAGCCAGUCGAUGGCGAACAGCCUUUCCUCAUAGCGGCUUCAGGCCCUGUCCUUAGCACUUUCGAUCUGAGAGAUGGCAGAUUAUUGAGCCAGUGGCCUCAGCCUGGGGGUAAAGUGACCGGUGGGAACGGUGCAGCCACAGCAAACGACGGGGAAGAUCCCCCAGCCAAAAGGCGGAAAGUCGAAGUACAACCCCCCGCUGUACUUUCCAAGCAGACCACCGAUGAACCUGUUGAUAUCACAUCCGACGGCCAGAAGACGGAGAGAAAAAACGCGCAGUCAGAAGCCUCUCAGUCAGCCAAUGUCUCGCACAUCGUCGCCACAAGUGACGGUGCCACAGUGAUCACAGCGACCACAGCGGACAAGACAAUACGGGUAUUUGAUGUACGACCUGGAGGAGUCUUGGGUCUGCAAAGUCAGAGAUCCAUGCCUAAAAAAGUGUGCGGCAUCGUCCUCACCCCAGAUGAGAAAGACAUACUUGUCGGGGACAAAUUUGGAGACAUAUAUUUGCUUCCAUUGCAUCCUAGAGAAGAUUUUGUCCCCAAGAAGGUGGAGCAGGAUCAGCCUGAGCGCGCUUACGGUCCUGCAGCAUCGGAGCUGACAGUCCACACCCAAGGCAACCUCAAGGCGCUUCAGCAGCAGCGGCGACAAAAAACGGUCCCACCUAGGAAAGAAGGCCCCAACUUUCAGUUAAAGCUACUCUUGGGCCAUGUAUCGAGUCUGACAGACGUGGCUAUCGCCGAAGUGCAAGAUGGCUUGAAACGCAAGCAGUACAUCUUGAGCGCGGAUCGAGACGAGCACAUCCGGGUAUCUCGAGGAGUCUCACAAGCCCAUAUCAUUGAAAAUUAUUGCUUGGGCCAUCGAGAAUUCGUGAGCAAGCUAUGCAUUGCGCCAUGGAAUCCGGAAUACUUGGUGACAGGGAGUGCUGAACCGUCCCUGAAGGUCUAUCAUUUUUCGACGGGGCGUUUGCUUGACGAAGAGCUCUUCGACGCAGCGGUACGCCAGGAUAUCAACAGUGUCCUGAGUGCGGAUGAUGGCGAGCGCUCAGUGGGUCGUCUCGCUGUCUCCUCCAUCUGGCCCAUACAUUUCACUGUGGCUGGAAAUGCACCACAUUCUCGACAUCCUCCUCAUCUUCUCCUCGUCGCGCUGGAAGGAUUACCAAUUCUCCUCAGUUACGUUCUCAGCGAACAAGGCCAGUUGAGGCAUCAUCACACCUUGACCCUGGCAGGGAACGUUUUGGAUGUCGGCAUUGGCCCUGCCCUUUGGGACAUUGUGGUCAGUAUUGAUACAGUGCACAAACCUGGUUCAGUCAGGGUCAUUCGACCUGAAGAGACACCUGCAACAGAAGCAUUCGAGACCUUCGAGCUAUUUUCAAAUAUCUCUAACGAUCAAAACGGAUCAAGCGAGAUCGAGAACCUUGUCGACGGACCGGAAUUGCGUUGGGAGAAGACCAGCCUGGCAAUGCUUCUGAAUGACUCGGCCCUACACUGUGAGAUUCCGGACGCGCCAGUCGAACAGCCAUCGAAGGCCGAGAACACAUACAGCGUGUUGGGCGAGACUUUAUACGGGCUCGAGAAUGUUAGGAAGAAGAGGGGAUUACAUGUCCAAGAGGAUGAUGCUGAAGAUUUAGGAGAUGAUAUCUCCGUAGCACCUCACAGUACCACUUGA